GCCGCUAGGGGCGGCCGCUGCCGCCAGCGCUGCGGUGGCCUCAGAGCAGGGCGGCCCGGGUUUCCAGCCGAGCCACUUUCCGAGCCGGGCCCCAGCAUGGCUGCCCGCAGGGCCGCGGGUCGGAGCGCUGCCACGCGCUCGCCUUCCUGACGGCCCCGACUCUGUGCUGUCCCCCGUCUUCCUCAGGCCACUACCGCAGACAUGUUUACCAAGGCCUUUCGGGUCAGAUCGAAUACAGCCAUCAAGGGGUCCGACAGGAGAAAGCUUCGGGCUGAUGUGAUGACUGCUUUUCCCACCCUGGGAACUGAUCAGGUCUCUGAAUUAGUGCCCGGAAAGGAGGAACUCAACAUUGUCAAGUUGUAUACUCACAAAGGGACUGCAGUGACUGUUUACAUGAGUGGUGGUAAUCCCAUCCUAUUUGAGCUGGAGAAAAAUCUGUAUCCAACAGUGUACACCCUGUGGACUUAUCCUGAUCUUCUCCCAACCUUUACAACAUGGCCUCCAGUGCUUGAGAAAAUGGUGGGGGGAGCAGAUUUGAUGCUGCCUGGACUAGUGGUUCCCCCUGCUGGUCUGCCUCAGGUACAGAAGGGAGACCUCUGUGCCAUUGCUUUGGUGGGAAACAGAGCCCCUGUUGCCAUUGGAGUUGCUGCCACAUCGACAUCUGAGAUGCUGACUGCCAACCUGAAGGGAAGGGGCUUCUCUGUGCUCCACACUUACCAGGACCACCUGUGGCAAUCUGGGCAAAAGUCCUCACCACCCUUUAUCGCUCCACUGACCCUGGAUUCCUCAGAACUCAGGGAAGAGAAGGGGUCUGUCCAUUCAGAUCCCACUCUGCAGGAAGCCAUGAGAGGCCUGAUUCUGGAGGGAGAGGAGGAGAAGAAUGGAGAGUGUCCUCAGCUCUGUGGGAUGGAGUCCCUAUCAGAAGCCUCAGAAGAUCCCAAGGACAGCAGGACCCUUCAAGAGCAAAUGGAUGAACUGUUGCUGCAAUGCUUCUUGCAUGCUUUGAAGUACCGAGUCAAAAAGGCCGACCUCCCUUUGCUCACCAGCACACUCCUUGGCAGUCACAUGUUCUCCUGCUGCCCCGAAGGACAACAGCUGGACAUAAAGAAGUCAAGUUACAAAAAGCUCUCUAAGUUCCUGCAGCAAAUGCAGCAGGAGCAGAUUUUACAGGUGAAGGAGCUGAGCAAAGGGGUGGAGAGCAUUGUGGCUGUGGACUGGAAACACCCGAGGAUUACAUCUUUCGUCAUACCUGAGCCCUCCCCGACCUCCCAGACUAUCCAGGAGGGUAGCAGGGAACAGCCCUAUCACCCUCCAGAUAUAAAAUCCCUCUACUGUGUCCCAGCCAGCAUGACCCUGCUCUUCCAGGAGUCUGGUCACAAGAAGGGGAGCACGCUUGAGGGCAGUGAGGUCCGAUCAGUCAUCAUUGACUAUGCCAAGAAAAAUGACCUGGUGGAUGCAGAUAACAAAAAUCUUGUGAAAUUGGAUCCUAUCCUGUGUGACUGCCUCUUAGAAAAAAGUGAACAGCACCAAGUCAUGAAACUUCCCUGGGAUGGUCUCCUGACUAGGUGUUUCGAAAAACUGCAGCCUGCCUAUCAAGUGACUUUUCCUGGACAAGAGCCCAUUGUGAAGAAGGGGAAUAUUUGCCCAAUUGACAUCUCCCUGGUACAGAGGGCUUGUAACAAAAAGGUGACCGUGGUCCGGAACUUGGAGGCAUAUGGUCUGGACCCGUGCUCAGUGGCUGCCGUCCUCCAGCAGCGAUGCCAGGCUAGCACCACUGUUGCUCCUAACCCUGGCGCCAAGGAUAGCCUGCAAGUGCAGAUCCAGGGAAACCAGAUUCACCACCUCGGCCGGUUGUUGCUUGAAGAAUAUCGGCUCCCUCGAAAACACAUUGAAGGCCUGGAAAAGGCCCCCAAACCUGGCAGGAAGAAGUGAAACACGUAGUGGACCCUGUGAAAGCUAAGCGCCAUCUGGGGAUCUUGUGAGAGAUUUUAGAAAUAAAAAAUAUAAUUCUUUACCAG